CGUUUCUGCUUCAUACUUUCUAGAGAACUUGAUUGACAUUUUCUUUUGCAGGCUGCUUCAGGUUCUGUACCAAGUGCAGACAAAAGUAAUGUCAGCAAGGAAGAGGAAAAGUCUGAGACAUAUUCUCAUAACAUGACCGAAGCCAUGGGUGUUGUUUUGACUUAUAGGCACGAGUUAGGAAUGAACUAUAACUUCAUCCGUCCAGACUUAAUUGUGGGAUCAUGCCCACAGACUCCUGACGAUGUUGAGAAGUUGCAUAGAAUUGGAGUGAAAACAAUAUUUUGUUUACAACAAAAUCCAGACCUUGAAUAUUUUGGAGUUGAUAUUAAGGCCAUACAAGAAUAUGCCAAGGCACAUGAUGUUCAACACUUGCGAGCUGAGAUAAGAGACUUUGAUGCAUUUGAUCUACGGAUGCGGCUUCCAGCUGUAGUUAGCAAAUUGUAUAAGGCAAUAAAUUCCAACGGAGGAGUAACAUAUAUUCAUUGCACUGCUGGACUUGGAAGAGCUCCUGCCGUUGCAACGGCCUACAUGUUUUGGGCUCUGGGAUAUACAUUCAAAGAGGCUCAUACACUACUUCAGAGCAAAAGGGAGUGUUUUCCCAAACUAGAUGCCAUUAAAAGUGCAACAGCAGACAUCCUUACAGGCCUUAGUAAGAAACCUGUCACUUUGUCAUGGGAAGACAGCAGUUGCUCUAGGGUGGAAAUUUCAGGACUUGAUAUUGGAUGGGGGCAGAGAGUACCCCUAAAUUUUGAUGACAAAUCGGGUUUGUGGUAUCUCGAGAGGGAAUUGCCUGAAGGACGCUAUGAGUACAAGUACAUUGUUGAUGGGGAAUGGACAUGCAAUAAAGAUGAGCUUGUAACUGCUCCCAACAAAGAUGGUCAUGUCAACAAUUUCAUUCAAAUCCUUGAUAAUAGCAGCAGUGGUCGUGUUUCCCUUCGGGAGAGAUUCAGUUCUGAUGAUCCUGAUCUUACACCGGAGGAACGACUGAGAAUAAAGGAGUUUCUUGAAGCUUGUCCUGACGAGGAUCUGUAACCCAUCAAUGCACGUCUAUGUUUAUAUGUAAAGUAGUAUAUGAACGUAUACAUGUUGUAUAAUAAAAGGUUGAAUAUAAACCUUCGAUAAGAUCUCUGUUGUAUCUCUGUUGUAGUAAUAAAGUUGGCUUGCCGAGUUUAUUGAGUUCCAUAGUAAUCAUAAGUCUAUAGUAUUAUGUAAAUGAUAGAUACUCUGCUAUA